AUGCUGUUUAUCAGUGUAUUUGUGCACUACAUUCUGUUGAUUUCGGCAUCAGAUAGCGAGUCAAGCAAUAGCAAUCACGGUACGAGUCCAACAAGAGCAAGUGCCGUUCAGCUUAGAGAACUCCAAAUCGGACAUGAUAUUGAUGUACAUGUUCCGAUGGACAAAGGAGCUAAACAGGAUCAGACCAAAAAGAGUCAUACCGAUCCUGUGGUUGAUGACGAAACGAAGCGUAACACAUUAGAUAGACGACUAUUGAAGACAAAGAGUAGGAAUAACUCCUCGUUGUUGAAUGAACCCGCCAAAUUGGAUUCAAAAAAGGCGAAACAAAGAGAUAAAGAAGAUACAUCAAGUAGUGCACCAACAUCUAGACCAAACCGAGAACCAGAGGUUCCAGGAUUUUGUUUUUAUGCAUGGUGUUCACAAGGUGGUUGCGAUGAUGAUCGUUAUCAGUUAGUGAAUCAGAAAGAAACACAAGCAACUGGUGUUUCACCUACAACAAGUAUUGAUACAGAGGGACAGUCAGAGCCUCCGCAGUUUAUUGGUGACACGAUUUGUAAACCUUCACAGCCGAACAAAGAAUUACCAACAACAAGUUCAUCCCGAGUGGCAGAUACGCGUUUCAAGGUGGAAAGAGUUACCGAGCAAUCGACAUCUGAAGGAGCAGUAAGUGCUGAUAACACCGGGAAAGCCAGCAAAUCUAAGAACUUAUUUAGACGCAUUUUUGGACGAAAAUCAAAGGACUCACAAAAUAAAAAACCUGUGCUAAAUGGACAGGUCCUAACUGGCCAAGGUGCUCAGGCAUCAAAAGACCAAAAGAAAGACAGUGAUGGUGCAUCUACGUCACAACAGCAUGCUAGCAAUUCGUCCUCAUCUGUUCAUAACUUGCAAUCAUCCAUCCGUGAUCAGUCUAACGAAGAAAAUUCAAAUGGUUUGGCAAA